CACUUCCUGUGUGUUUUGUUUGGAAGUUUCACUUUCUGUUCAGGCCUCCGGAGGUUUAGAGUCAGCAGAUUCAGAGCGAUAAAAGCGCUGAAAGAGACUCCGCAUCAGCUUUAUGGCGUUCAAAUACCCCGCAGCCCGGAGAGAUACCACCCAGGUGGAUGAGUAUCAUGGAACCAAGAUCUCUGAUCCGUAUGCCUGGCUGGAGGACCCUGACAGCGCAGAAACCAUGGCGUUUGUUGAGGAGCAGAACGAUUUGACCAUGCCGUACCUGGAGAAGUGUGACAUCCGCGCUCGGUUCCAGCAGCGCCUCACUGAGCUCUACGAUUAUCCCAAAUACAGCUGUCCCUACAAACGAGGAUCCAGGUACUUCUACUUUCACAACAAAGGCCUCCAGAACCAGGACGUGCUGUACGUUCAGGACUCCCUGGAUGCUCCGGCUACUGUGUUCUUUGAUCCAAACACGCUUUCUAAAGACGGGACCGUGGCUCUGAAGAUGGGUCGGUUGUCUGAGGAGUGUGAAUACUUUGCGUACGGUCUGAGCAGCAGCGGGUCAGACUGGGUCACCCUGCGUUUCCUGAAGCCUGACGGCCUCACGGAGCUGCCGGAUGUCCUGGAAAGGGUCAAAUUCAGCUGCUUGGCCUGGACUCAUGAUGCCAAGGGCAUCUUCUACAACUGCUACCCCCGUCAGGAAGGAAAAACUGAUGGCACAGAGACCACGUCCAAUAUCAACCAGAAGCUCUACUACCACGUGAUCGGAACCCAGCAGUCCGAGGACAUCCUGGUAGCAGAGUUUCCGGAUCAUCCCAGAUGGCACAGUUCAGUUACGAUCUCAGAUGACGGCAGGUAUGCGGUUCUGUCCAUCACUGAGGGCUGUGAGCCUGUGAACCAGCUGUGGUACUGCGACCUGCAGGAGCUUCCGGACGGGAUCAAAGGGCUGCUGCCGUGGGUCAAACUGGUGGACAACUUUGAAGCUCAGUACUCAUAUGUGACCAAUGAAGGGAGCGUGUUCAUGUUUCGCUCUAACCUGGACGCCCCUCGGUACCGCCUCAUCAACAUCGACAUCCAGAACCCGGACAGGCAGAACUGGACCACGCUGAUCCCCCAGCAUGAGAAGGACGUCCUGGGGUUUGUCUCCUGUGUGAACCAGUGCCACCUGCUGGUCAACUACGUCCACGACGUGAAGGACAUCCUGCAGUUGUUUGAUCUGUCGAGCGGUCAACACGUCAGGGAUCUGCCUCUGGAUGUGGGGACCAUUGCUGGAGUGAGCUGCAAGAAGAAGCACUCGGAGUUCUUCUACAAGUUCACCUCCUUUACCACUCCUGGUAUCAUUUAUCACUGUGACCUGAGCCACUCCAGCCCAGAACCCCGGGUGUUCAGAGAGGUGGAAGUUAAAGGCAUCAACCAGGAGGACUUCCAGACCAGCCAGGUUUUCUACCCCAGUAAGGAUGGAACCAGGAUUCCCAUGUUCUUGGUUCACACCAAGGGUCUUCAGAGGGACGGGACCCAUCCGGUGUUCCUGUACGGAUACGGAGGCUUUGAGGCUUCUAUCCAGCCUUAUUACAAUGUGGCCUACCUGUUGUUUGUGAGACACCUGGGGGGAAUCCUGGCCGUGGCCAACAUCAGAGGGGGCGGAGAGUACGGCCUCACCUGGCACAAAGCCGGGACGUUAGGGAAGAAGCAGAACUGCUUUGAUGACUUCAAGAGCGCAGCAGAGUAUCUGAUCCAGGAACAGUACACCACGGCCAGCCGCAUCGCCAUCAACGGAGCUUCUAAUGGAGGCCUGUUAGUCGCGGCAUGUAUGAUCCAGCGUCCGGAGCUGUUCGGCUGUGUGGUUGCAGAGGUCGGAGUCAUGGACAUGCUGAAGUUCCACAAGUUCACCAUCGGCCACGCCUGGACCACCGACUACGGCUGCUCUGACGACCCAAAACAGUUCCAGUGGCUCAUCAAGUAUUCUCCUCUCCAAAACCUGCCUGAGCCUCCGUACUCCGGCCCCUCGUACCCAGCCGUGCUGCUCCUGACUGCGGAUCAUGACGACCGCGUGGUGCCCCUGCACACGCUGAAGUUCUGCGCCACCCUGCAGCACGGCGUGGGCAGCAGCCCGCAGCAGCGGCAGCCCCUGAUGGUCCGCGUGGACACCCGCAGUGGGCACGGAGCGGGAAAACCCACGGCCAAGGCCAUCCUGGAGGACACACACAUCUUCGCCUUCAUCGCUGAGACGCUGGGAAUCGGCUGGAAAGACUGAAGCAGAAGGAACCAUGUGCUGUUUUUUACUUUAAUGAAAUAAAGAUCCUGGUUUCUGAAGGCAAACUUUUCUUUUUGAUUCUGUUGGAACCUUUUAAUAAAAUUUCAACUUGUCUAA